CACGGAAGUCUCGUUAUCGCCAAAAAUCUCGCAUCUUUGGAUAUUCUUUCGUUAUUAUGGUAACGGAGAUUUAUAUCGAUAAAUUCCGAGUGAUCCGAGGUUACAGUGGUUCAUCUUUAGACUCCAAUAGAUUUUUUUUUUAUAAAACAUUGAAUUUAAAGAGGCAUUGUUUUAACGAUAAAAAAUAAACGAGAAUUGAUUCAACGUUUAAAACAAAACUUUAACAAUAAGUCUCGAAAGUGUAUGCUUGGAAUGUACGAAUGUAUUAGUUAACAGUGGCACACAUUGUUUAAAGGUUUAACAAUGACGAAAUGAGACUAUGUGUUUCAAUAACAACAUUGAUGGUUCUUGAGAUGUUAUUUAUAGCGAAAUCAAAGGCAUGUUCGAAAUGUUCUUGUUUAGCCAAAAACUUUGAGUUCACUGCAUCAUAUAUCAAAACUGCCUUAGUAUCCUCCGAGUACACAGAAAAUACAACAGGGUUGAUGAAGUGUUCCUGGGUUGUCAAAGCUCAGAAUAGUAGCCAUUCCGUCACAUUCAAAAUGAGUCAAGUUCUUACUACCAAAUCUUCAUUCUGUGGAGAAGAUUAUGUUUUUAUUCGAGACGGAAGUUCAGGUAGAGGCCCUCCAUUAGGAUACUGGUGUAAAGAUGGAACAUACGACACUGAAGUAACGUCAUAUAGCAACGCCAUUCAUGUCGAAUUAGAGACUUAUUCAAAUGGGGUAGCUGGCUUAAUAUUUGUGAUGUCAUUUUGGGAGUCUUCCGUUAGUUCAAGUGUUCAGUAUGGGCCAAUAGAGUAUGGAAUAGCUAAUUACGUUUUACUAGCCUUCAGUGUUCUCAUAGGAUCUCUGCUUCUCGGUGCUGUUAUAUUCCUUAUCUAUAGAGAAUAUAAGAAACAUCAGGCCGAAAAAGAAAUGAAAUUUAGAGAAAAACUUUUAAUGAGAAGAACGGGAAUAAGUGGUCGCAGUGGUGGUAUUAUAAAUGACGAUUUCCGCCAUGACAGCGUCAGUGACAAAAAUACGUCAUUUAUAUUUUUGUCUCCGACGCCGACGUCAGAGAUUAGCUUGUGAAUAUUCAUUAGAAGAAGGACACUUAAAUAAACAUAUUUGUAUGUAUGUAUAUAGUAUGUAUCAUUUAAAUUCAAAUGCUAACAUCAUUUCAUUCAUGACUGUAAUGUUAAAAUAAAAUAUAGAAUACCAUUAUUUCCAGAAGAGCUUCUCUGUAAGAGUA